AUGAUGACUGCUGCACAGCUGUGCCUUGAUGGAAGAGGGCAUUUCCAGGGGCACCCAGCCACCAGCGCAUCCAUAGCCUCCACGGACAUGGGGCUGCUGCUGCAAGAUGAUGUUUUUGUUGACUUUUUCAACAUCUUUCUGAGCCUUCCCAUUUUUGGGCAGACGCCCCUUUACAUCAGUGGCAUGGGCCGGUGGUGCCUGUGGCCAGAGCUGCCGAGCCACCUGGAUGCCAGCCCCGCGGCUUUGCUGGCUUGGUUGGAAAAGCACCGUCUGCCUCACUUCUGCAAAUCCAGCCUGUGCCUGCACCUCGUCCUCUGCCAGAAGCUGCUGGCUUUCAUUCGCUCGGGGGAAGCAGCAGAGCUGCUGAACUGGCACGGUGCUGAGCAGUGGCUGCUGGAGAGGUGCAUCAGCGGGAGCCAGGGCAUGCAGCACCUCUGCGCCUUCCUCCGAGGAACUGCAGGGGAAGAACUGAUCGACUUCUGGCUCAUCACUGAGAGGCUGCUGGGUCUGGAUGAGUCGGAUGGGAGUCAGAGGGAGCUGUUCUUGUCCCUGGAGCACAGGCUGAGAGCCACUCACCUGCGUGAAGGCUCCAGCAUCCUCACCUUCUGCACCACCAUCGUGGGAUCCCUUCCAAAAGCCAGGCACAUCCAGUCCAUCAGCACCAGGAGGGAGAUCCUAAGCAAGAUGCAGGAACAGGUCCUUUGCAUGAUUCAGAGUUACUGGCUCCCUAAAUUCUUCGUGCACUGCAAGAUGGGAAUGGAGGAAGAGGAAUUGUGCUGGCCUUUGCUGCAGGAAUAUCAGGAACGUUUAUCACAGGCUGGCUGGCAGCCCCCAGGCCUUGCAGAGCUCCUCCCCACCAUGCACAUCAAAAGGAGCCAGGGUGUGCCAGGGCCCUACUGCAGCCAGAAGGCCAAAGCAGAGGUCUGGGCUCUGGUCAAGGAGGGGAGAGACAGCCAAGAAUUGAAAAUGGCCACUCUUCAGGUGAAAGCAGAGAAGCAGCCAGGGCCAGCUGGGAGCAGGGAGGAAUUGAGUCUGGAUAAGGAUGCUGUGGGAUCCAUUCCCCCCCAGCAGUCCCAGCAUCCUACCUUUGGAGGCAGAGGAGGAGCAGCAUUUCCUGGCAGACCUCAGUCCAGUGCAGUGCAGGAUCUACAAAACCUCUGUAAGGAGAAAAUCCCCCCUGACCUGCUUCCCUCUGCAUCCCUUGCCCGGCUGCCAUCCCUGAAAAAGCCAAUCAAGACCUUGGAUUUCCUUCCCUGGGCCCUGAGUGCCGAGGCCUGUGCUGGAAGACCCUUCAGAGAUUUCCUGCAGCACCAGAACCGGCCCAUGGAGACUCUUCUCCUGGACCUGUGGCACGACCUGGAGGAGUUUCUGCCCGUGGUGCAGGACUCCAGCAGAGAAAACAGCUUCUUCCUGCGCCAUCAGAUUGGGGAGAAGAUCUGCAAGACCUACCUGGAGGACAGCAGCAUUGAGAAGCUGCCCUUGGAGACCAGGACCCUCGUGAGUUUGUGGAACCGUCUGAUAUAUGGAGAAUUCUCCCCCUGGAUAUUCAGAGCCCAGAAGGAGAUUUGCAAGGUGCUCUGUGGCCUCUAUGAGGAAUUUCUGGCUGCUGAUGACAGGACAUUCCUCCAGCUUAUGGUUCCAGGCAUGGAUGUCCCCAUGGCUGAGGUGCCAGGCCGUGCUGCUGGCAGGUGGGGACAUUUCCACCUGUCCCAGAGGAUGAACCAGGCCCUGCAGCUGGGCCAGGCCUUGCAUGGCACGAGGAGCUUGGAGGGGGUCUCCUCCAAGCACUGGCAAUUGCUUGCUGCUCGGGACCUGCAGAAAGGGGGCUCCAUCCAGGCAGAGAUGGAGCUGCUCCUGGGCAGUGCUGAAUUCCAGAGGAUGAUAGCAGAUGAGCUGGCUGUGAGCAGCCCCAGCAAGGAAGAGGAGCUCCUGCAGCUCAUGAGUGCAGCACUCGCUGUUGCAUCUGAGAGGAUUGCUCGAGAGAAUGCUGCUGCUGCUGCAAGGAAGAGGGCAGCAAGAAAACGCAGGCUGGAGGAGGAGGGUGAGGAGUAUGAGGACGACGAGGAGGAUGAGGAGGAUGAAGAUGAGGAAGAGGAGGAAGGACCCUACUAUCAGAAGAAGAAGAAAAAGCCCAGGUCUAGGCGUCCUCAGCUUGUGCAGGAAGGGACAGGGGACCUCAAGACACAGAGGAUGGCAUGGGCUUGGGAUGCCAUCCGGGAGCUUGUCAGGAGCUUCUGCAAGUUCAAGAGGGACAUGAAGAAUCAAACACGCCGUGCAGAAUUUCAGCAGUUUCUCCGUCAGGAGCGAAGAAACAAGAGGGAAAGUAUGUCCAACUUGCCUGUCAAGGAGAAGAAGAGCAAAAGUCCUGCCAAGAGCCCCCGCAAGGAGAAGGACAAGGGCAAGGGGCAGCAGCAGAAGGUGACGCUGAUCAAACGCCGCAUUUUGGACAAACAGAUCAUCAUCGUCAACUUCCUCGUGGAUGACCUCCGCUUUUACCUGGAGAUGGACAAGUUUUCCAGGCUGGCUGACGCCAUGGAAGAUGCAGAACCCCAGAACAUGGAGUCAGAAAACUACGAUUCCUUUCUCAAAAAGAAACUGGAGGUCAUCAGCAAACUUUUCCUGGACUCUGAGAUCCCCCCCAAGCUGAGGGUGAACAUCUCUGAGAAAGAGAGGGAUUUCAUCCGGCGUUCAUCCUCCAAGGGGCCGCUCACCCGGGCCAUCUACCACAACGCCAAGGUCACCCUCUUCCCCAUCCUGAUGUACUUCUGGAGAAGGUUCUGCACCUGGAAGGUGAUGAGGACCUUUCAGGCCUACCAGGAGCUCAGCAGCUUUGGGGGAGGCAGGAGCUCCCGGGGCCAGCAGCAGGACAGGAGCUCCAAGGUCCAGCAGCAGGACAGGAGCUCCAAGGUCCCACAGCAGGACAGGAGCUCUCAGGAGCCCAAGGGGGCCAGGAGCUCCAAGAUCCAACAGGAGAAGAGCUCUCAGGAGCCCAAGGGAGGCAGGAGCUCCAAGGUCCAACAGGAGAAGAGCUCUCAAGAACCCAAGGGAGGCAGGAGCUCCCGUGGCCGCAAGGAGGGCAGGGUUCCAGCCUCUUCACCUGCAAAAAGCCCCUCCAAAGCAGCCAAGAACCCAGGUCCCAAGAAGCUGGAGGCCAUUGCCUCUACUACACAUCAUGCUCCAGGUAAAAAGGCUCUCCUCUCCUACACAAUGUCAGAUGGCCUUGGGCUCCUGCUACCACGGCCCCCAAAGAAAACUGAGCCUCCAGAGCAGCACAAAGCUGCAGAUGCCAGUGGGGAGAAGAGGCCCUCGCUCAGUGAGCCCGCGCUGCAGGCUGGGUAG